UGGGACAGAAGUAUAUGGGCGUUCGACCCCGUAACCACAUGAGCGAGAUGUUCAAGGAGACCUCGAUUCAACCGGAUGCUGGCCACUCAGUGCCGGUUAGCAAUUUCCUUAACGCUCAAUACUUCUCAACCAUCACCAUCGGUACGCCGCCACAAGAGUUCAAAGUGGUUCUCGACACCGGAAGCUCCAACCUUUGGGUUCCGUCGAGUGAUUGCAACUCCAUUGCUUGCUAUUUGCACAGCAAGUACGACCAUUCGUCUUCGUCGACCUACAAGAAGAAUGGAUCCGAGUUCGAGAUCCGAUACGGCUCCGGCAGCCUCAGCGGAUAUGUCUCGCAAGAUACGCUGCAAAUCGGAGAUUUGAAGAUCAAGGAUCAGAUCUUCGCCGAGGCCACCGCCGAGCCCGGCCUUGCCUUUGCUUUUGGCCGAUUCGAUGGCAUUCUUGGGCUGGGAUAUGACACCAUCUCUGUGAACGGGAUUCCCCCACCUUUCUACAACAUGAUCGAUCAGGGCCUGAUUGAUGAGCCUGUAUUUGCGUUCUAUCUUGGCGAUACGAAAAAUGAGGGCGAUGAAUCUGAGGCUACCUUCGGCGGUAUCGACAAGAGCCGCUAUACCGGCGAGUUGAUUAACAUUCCGCUGCGCCGCAAGGCCUACUGGGAAGUCGAUCUUGACGUGAUCUCUUUCGGCGAUGAAAGCGCUGAGCUCGAGAACACCGGCGUUAUCCUUGACACCGGCACGUCGCUCAUUGCCCUUCCGUCCACACUGGCGGAGCUUCUGAACAAGGAAAUCGGCGCCAAGAAGUCCUUCAACGGACAAUAUACCGUCGAAUGCGACAAGCGUGACGGUCUCCCUGAUCUCACUUUCACCUUGACCGGCCACAACUUCACCAUCGGUCCCUACGACUACAUUCUUGAAGUCCAAGGAUCUUGCAUCUCCGCGUUUAUGGGAAUGGACUUCCCCGAGCCCGUGGGUCCUCUCGCCAUCCUCGGCGAUGCUUUCCUCCGCAGGUGGUACUCCGUGUACGAUGCGGGCAAAAACUCGGUUGGUCUCGCCAAAGCCAAGUAAGCUAGGAGAUACGGUUUGUCGUUGAGUGUCAGCAUAGAUAGCGCGUACCAGCGGAUUGGGAGGAAGAGGGAGCAGAGUAUAGUGCGAUAGUAUCCAUGGGCACUGGGGUCAUGAAGGGCGUUAUGUACAAUGAUUUAUUUUCGUUUGCUACUUUGAAAUGCUCUUGUAGUAUGCAUAGUCUGUAGUCGGACAUCAUUUCUACUAUCUGUUUCUCUCUACUUGCUAUACAUGGCUACUGUCAAGCUUCAACCUACCUUAUGCAGUGAACUUCUAGUACGCUCCGCUCGGGAUGUUGACUCGUUUUGGGAUGCCCGCUCAUCUCGUCUUGCCAUUGGGGGAACAGCACAGUCAUUUCUCCAUCGAAUCUACAUCUGGUACUAUCCGGCCCUCCAACAAUAACCGAGAGCUGUGACUAGAUACUGUUCAAGUUAAUAAUAGUUAACUUCAU